UUGUAAUACAAAUCAACCAAUGGAUCCAUUUGAAAUUAAAAUUCACCUUUAAAUUAAACAUCUUUUAAAUUUAAUCUUCCGUUAUAAUUAAAGUUAAUCUAAUUACAUGGUAAUUGUAUCUAACAAUCAAUAAAAUUAUGUUCCUAAUUAAAUUCAUCUCCAUCUUAAUCUUAUCCGGAUUAAGUUCAGUCGAUUUGUGUAAUGUUGAAAUUAGUUUACCUCGACUGCCCACUCAUGAACGCGAAGGUGCCCCGAGGGUCGUUUCGGUGGGUAAAUUAAUACCAAAGUUGAUCCCGUCCUCGUCCUCGUCCUCGUCGCCCUCACCCUCACCCUCACCCUCAUCUCCAUCCUCAUCAUCAUCAACCACAUCAACCACAACAACAACAACAACUUCAACCUCCAAACCAAUAUUAUCAUCGGUUAAAUCACCAAGUAAAUCGGAUACAGUUGUUUGCUAUUACGGUUCAUGGAGUGGCUUCCGGUCAUCCGUUUCCUCUGGUCAAUUACAGAUUGAAAAUAUCGACCCAACUUUAUGUACUCAUUUGGUUUAUACCUUUGCCGGUCUUGACAGUGAUUCUAAAAUUAAAUCAAUUGAUCCAACAAUUGACCUCGACCAGCCCACAGGUAAAUCGGGUUAUCGUCGUUUCAAUCAACUGAAAAAGAUCAACACUAAUCUAAAAACACUCAUCGGUGUUGGGGGUUGGAACGAAGGUUCAAUUCGCUACUCAUCAAUGGCCGCUAAUUAUUCAGCAAGAAAAAUUUUCGCCUCUUCGAUUUUAACCUUUUUGGACACUUAUGGUUUCGAUGGUGUUGACCUUGCAUGGGAAUUUCCCUCAGCCCGAGGCGGGAACCCACAGGAUAAACAAUCAUACGUGACCUUAAUUCGUGAUUUGGUCGAAGUGCUUAAACCUAAAAACUAUUUAAUCACCGCUUCGGUUUCGGCAAACAAAUUAACCAUCGACAGUGGUUACGAUGUCGCUAAAUUGUCAGAGUAUCUUGAUUUAAUUAACGUUCUGGCUUUUGAUUACCACGGAGGUUGGGAAGGUAAAACUGGUCAUCACUCACCUUUGUUUGAUAAAUCAGCUGAUCAAGGGAUCGAUUCAAUUUCCAAUGUUAAUUACACAAUUAACUAUUGGAUUGAAAGAGGAGCUUCACCAAGUAAAUUGGUUCUCGGCUUGGCAACGUUUGGACGGAGCUUUACAAUUAAGGAAUCGACCGUUGAUUGUGCGAUUGGUGCUAAAGUAAUUAAACCCUCGCAAGAUGAAACAAUUGUACCAGAAUUGGGGUCGUAUGGUUUUAAUCAGAUCUGUUCAAUGCAAAAGAAUGAAAAAUGGAUAAUCCAACGCGAUCCUAAUCUUCUGGUUCCAUUUACUUGUAAAGGUAAUCAAUUUAUUGGUUACGAUGAUCGUGAAAGUAUCGGAUUGAAGGCUCGAUUUGCUCGAGUCAACGGACUGGCGGGUAUAAGUAUAUCGUCCAUUGAGAACGAUGAUUUUGGCGGUAAAUGUUUUGACGGGAUUAAAUUUCCAUUGAUAAGAGCUGCAAUCAACGAGUUGAAAGGUUCCAAUACUUCAUUUCCAAUAACAGUUACACCGACAGUUCCACAUGGUUCUAGUACACAUAAACCGGACAAUGGUCUUUGGACAUCAACGACAACCGAUCGACCCUGGUCCUGGACUUAUUCAACUGCUCAUUCAAGUCCGUCAACGUGGUGGCCACAACCUUCAUCAACUUCAUCACCGUCAACUUGGUGGCCUCAACCCUCCUCCACAUUAUCAACCUCGUGGACAUCGGCAUCUUCAUCAUCAACCACAUGGUCUCCAUCAUCAUCAUCAUCGUCAACGACAAAACCAUCAGUUGGUAAUCCAAUUGGUGCUGUUUGCAAAUAUCCUGGUACUUUUAUCCAUCCAACUGAUUGUCGUAAAUUUUACCGAUGUGUUCGUAUCUCAAUCGAGGAAAAGUAUCAAAUGUAUGAAUACGAUUGUCCACCAAACACGCUGUUUGAUGUUAAUAGUCGAAAUUGUCUUUGGGAUUAUUUGGUUAAUGAUUGUAGAGAAGGAAAUAAUAAAAGACAAUGAAGAAAAAAGAAAAAC